AUGGCUGAAAAUCUGGAAAUUUCCCUGAUCCCAGCCCUGCUGAUGCUGCCUCUCCUGCUGAAGGUUGCAGCGUUGCACUACCUGCUGGGUAUAACCGUCCUGACAGCUCUGCCUGGCCUGCUGUGGUACUACUAUGCAACGCACCGAAAGAAGAGACGCACCCUCUUCUUCCUCACCCUCGCAUUGUACUCUCUGGCCUACAUGUAUUACCUCUUCAUCACAGAGAUUUUACCGCGUGGGGACGUCAGCCAGCUGCAGAUGUGCACCGUGACCUCUGGGAUGAUCUUCACUAUAGUCUCUCUUAUUCACACCAAGAAAGGCCCAGGAUUUGUGACUGCUGCCCUUCACAACUCUCACAGUCAGGAGGAUAAAAAGGAGUCCACACAAGUAAAUAAUGGAUCUCUCCAAUCAGCAGCCUCUCCCUCAGGGACACCAGCAGAGCUGCAAACCCCAAAGGAGGGCCUCGGAGCAAAGUGGAGCAGGUGUCCUUUGUGCAAAAUAAUGCGACCACCGCGGGCUGGUCAUUGUCGAACCUGUGGCUCAUGUGUCCAGCGUUUGGACCACCAUUGUAUCUGGAUAAACAGCUGUGUAGGACAGGCAAACCAUCGCAGUUUCCUGCUGACCCUCUCUGUGUUUGUGUUGACCUCUCUGUACGGGAUCAGUUUGGUGCUUUGCAGCCUCUGUCCUCAUCAGUAUCUAAUGACAGCGCUCUUCUACUGCCCAGGCGUCUACACUCAGUCUAGCACAGCACUUUGCUUUACCUGUGCGUGGUACAGCAGCAUUGUCGCAGGUGGACUGCUUUACCUCUUGGUGGCACAAGUUCUCAAUAUCAGCUUUAACGUGACAGAGCGAGAGGCUCAGCUGGCUCUGAGGAACAAAACGGGCCAGAGCCGCCUGUGGGGACUCGUUGUUGACACAGGAGAGUAUUCUCGUGGCUUCUAUCAGAACUGGGUUGAGUUCCUCACCAUGACAGAUGCUUCAGCUUCUCCUCGGUCCAGCCUUACUGACUUGGUCUAGUUGUACUUAAUGCACUCGGUGACAUCGUGGUAAUACACUGUUCGUGCUGCAUGCAUGAAGAAUUCGAUUUCUUUUUUUUUUCAAUACAUUCCAGGACUGCGGUACUAAUAGGAACAUGUUUUUAAUGACUGUUUAAAGAUGCAUAGAUGUGUUUGGGGUUUGGAUUUUUAGCAUCAUUUUCUGUUGAAGCUUUUGACCUGGACACAUGCAAGACAGUCUG